AUGAAUCAUUCCACCAACGUCGGGGUAUCUUCCGCGUGGACCCUGUCGUCUAGUAGUUCCUGGGGUACUGCUUCCGCCUCAGGAUAUUCUGAUUGUGAUUCCUCCUCUCAGUCCUGGGGAGUCGAUAGGGGCAAGACACCAUUCGGCAGUGUGUCCAGUGUCAGCUUAGGCCCGUCGGGGUCGACGACGAGUGUCCCAUCGCCGUGGGGCUCUCAAGCAACCCUCGUCAAUGGAGGGCACGCAUUGCCGCCAGAGGCCUCGUCGUCGUAUAGUUAUACGCGAUAUCCAGGGCCUUCACUGUCUACGGCGUCGACGACGACUUUGGUAAAUCCACCUGUUGGUGUACAAGGUGAUGUUGAUCUUUCCCGAAAUGAAAAAAAUCACAAUUUGAAUCCUGCGGUGCACGGCGCUGGGGUCAGGCGCAUUGAUGCACUGGGCCGCAGAACUAAAUUUGCAGGCUUCAAGCCUACUGGUGGCGCCAAUGGCUGGAUUAUCUACUUUUCAAACUGA